AUGUCGGACAGCGAUGACCACAGCGCAAUUAGUAACCGUCAGCUGAGCUGCUCCUGCUCAAGCCACCUCCAGGACGGACAGGCAGCAUCGCCCGUCACCCAAGCACAACAGGCGGCUGUCGGAGCUGGGCACUCGGGUGUCGGGCAAUAUCAGCUUCCAGCUGUUACCUUUAAAGCUACCCUGGAUGAGUCUGCGGGCAUUGCUGAGUUUUUCUUCUCCGGUUACGGCACUGCCAGAAGCCACAAGUGUUACUGGUUGAACAAUGGCUCCGAGCGCUCGUUCAAGAGCGUUUUAGCCAAGAUGUCUGUUAUCUUUUAUAGCCUCUUCCCGGGCUGCCCCGGACCAGGAAGGCGCUCGGGGCCGCGCACGCACAUUCCACCGGGCUUGUGGAAGGGAGGUCCUUUUGGGAAGGACCACACACGUCUCAAGCCAACACAAGACCUUGAGCUCCUUGGUUGCCCAGACCGGGGCGGAAAGUGGUUGCCCUGCGGCAAAGCCGACAACAACAUGCAAGGCAACAAGGUUUAUGUGCACCCCGAAUCGCCCAACACCGGGGCCCACUGGAUGCGCCAGGAGAUCUCCUUUGGGAAGCUGAAGCUGACGAACAACAAGGGUGCCAACAACAACAACGCGCAGAUGAUAGUACUGCAGUCUCUGCAUAAAUACCAACCUCGGCUUCAUAUUGUCGAAGUGACUGAAGAUGGUGUUGAAGAUUUGAAUGAUUCUUCGAAGACUCAAACAUUUAUUUUUCCUGAAACGCAGUUCAUAGCAGUUACAGCCUAUCAAAACACUGAUAUUACACAGCUCAAAAUUGAUCAUAAUCCUUUUGCAAAAGGCUUCAGAGACAACUAUGACUCCAUGUACACAGCUUCAGAAAAUGACAGAUUAACUCCAUCUCCCACGGAUUCUCCUAGAUCCCACCAGAUCGUCCCCGGUGCCCGGUACAGCGUGCAGCCCUUCUUCCAGGAGCAGUUUGUGAACAACCUGCCCCCCGCCAGGUUUUACAACGGCGAGCGAACGGUCCCGCAGGCGAACGGCUUGCUCUCGCCGCAGCAGGGUGAGGAGGUGGCCAGUCCUCCGCAGCGCUGGUUCGUCACCCCUGUACAGCAGCCCGGCGCCAACAAGUUGGACAUGAACUCCUACGAGACGGAGUAUUCGCCGAGUACCUUGCUCCCGUACGGCAUUAAAUCCCUUCCCCUGCAGACAUCCCAUGCUCUGGGAUAUUACCCUGAUCCAACAUUUCCAUCCAUGGCAGGCUGGGGGAGCAGAGGCUCUUACCAGAGAAAAAUGACAACGGGAUUACCGUGGACCUCCCGAACAAGCCCUCCGGGUUUCUCUGAAGACCAGCUUUCCAAGGAGAAGGUCAAGGAAGAAAUUGGCUCAUCAUGGAUAGAGACUCCACCCUCCAUAAAGUCUCUAGAUUCAAACGAUUCUGGGGUCUACACGGGUGCUUGUAAGAGAAGGCGACUCUCCCCUAGCACUUCAAGCAAUGAGAAUUCCCCGACUAUGAAAUGUGAGGACAUUAAUGCUGAGGACUAUAGCAAAGACACUUCAAAAGGCAUGGGCUAUUAUGCAUUCUAUACUAGUUCUUAAAGUGUUCUUUUAUCCCCAUUGGCUAAUUUUUUUCAGGGUGGCCUUGGUUUUUUUGCAUUACAAUUGCCAAAAAGACUCUUGCCUUCCACCUUGAAUUGUUGUGUGCAAUUCUAAAGAAGGUGCCAAAGCUUUUGACUGUUGCAGGUAACCAAGUAGGGAGAGAGCAAAGUUUAACAGAAGUCUUAGCUUGAGAAGGAACCACAUGUGGAAGCUGUAAGCAAGAGCCUAGACUUUUACAGUGCGGCUUAUUUAUUGGAGACACUAAAGUGUACAGUUUGACUUGGCUCAGAGGCCUGA